AUGAAGAUCGCAACCGAAAUCUUUCUAGUUUUGUUAUUUUGCCUCUCUGGGUGCAACGGCCUCGUCGUGCGUAGCAACAACAAGAGGACGAGACAUCUCGCAACUACACUGCACAGCACAACCGAAGAUGUUGAUAUCGAUGUUGCCGCCAACCAAGCAAGAAUUGCCUCACUGCCCUUGCCACCUUCCAGGUCGCCUGGUCCUUUUCGGGGACUAAGGGAAAGCAUUUCCCACUUGUCCAACAACUGCCGCUUUGUUCGGAAGCGAGCGGACGAACUUGGAGACGUCUUUCUCACAAAUGUCUUCUUUCAGCCAACUGUCAUCAUUGGUGGACAGGAAGCUGUCCAGGAGUUUGUAUCCGGAACGGAGCUCAAGUCCAAGGUAAUCCAUUGCGCCCUUCCCGAUAGCUUCCAGGAGUUGCAUACCAAGUGGGGAACACUGAAUCUUGAUGCCAAUGAUAUCAUUUUCAAGCAAGGCAGGGAAUUAUUUGCUGGUGUAUUCAGCGUGGAUGGUCUCAAGGAGUACACGCCAAUCAUCAAUGAGGCCAUGGAUCUGUAUCUUGAAGGGCUGGUAGACAGAGUCAAGACAAAACCAGAUGAGGAGAUUCAGCUUGUGCCCGAGCUCAAGGCACUCAAUCUUCGAACCUUCAGCAAGAUUUUCUCUGGUGAAGGCCUAACUGACGAACAAGUACAAAUGUUUGAGGAUUACAACUCAGCCCUUUUGGCCUUGCCAUUUGAAAAGAAAAAGUUGGAAAAGGGAGCGUAUGCAUUGGAAACACUCAAAGAAGUCAUGCUUUCGCGCUACCAAGAAUUUCAACAAGGGAACCCCACCAAAGCAAAUCACUUCUUCUUUACUCAAGUCUCGAACAGGGAGGGGUGGGUUGAUGACCGCGUUUGCACAGCAAUGGUCUUAUUCAUUUGGGGUGCUUACAUUGAGACUGCAUCACUGAUGGUCAAUUCCAUGACAGCUAUCAACAAGUACAACCCAGACUAUGUGAAUAUCAUACUGGAGGAGGUCCAGGCGGAAGAAAAGAAAGAUGGAGCAUCUCCUCUCAAAUUUAGCUACUGGUCUAAUCUGGAGCAAACACUUGGAGUCCUCAGAGAGAGCCUACGACUCAUCCCCCCAGGAGGUGGAACUCCCCGCUACAGUGAAGAAGACUUUGAACUGCUAGGCUAUCGUAUUCCUGCUGGUACUGCAGUCAUGCUAGACCCCAGAGUUGGCGAAACAGAUCCCAAACUUUUCACAGAUCCCAACGAAUUCAAACCAACUCGAUGGGUUCCUGAGACCAGUAGUAGUUCCACAUCAAAGUGCCCUUUUCAGGGAACCGCACUAAAGUUGGGUUUUGGUUCUUGGUUUCCUGGGGGCUUUGGAGCUCACCAAUGUCCCGGGGUUCCUCUCUCCGAACUGACUUCAAAGAUGUUCUUGACAAAGACCAUCAAAGCAUUCAAUGGAUGGAGCUUUGGCAAAGGAACCAAGAGAAAUGGAGAAGUCAAAUUUGUCGAAGUGCCUAUCAAGAUUCCUGUUGACGAGUUGGGCGUCAAGUUCUCGUUGCGAUAA